GCAUUGUAUUGUUGUGCGUUUGUGACAAUGAGGAAGUCUAAUUAUUCCGACUGAUCAUUAAAUUAAUAUUUGAACGGAUUUACGUAUUGUAGUGUAUUGUGUGUGCAUAUGAGGGUCCACUGUAAAAUCAAGACUGACUUUAAAAAUGCGUAGUCACAGUUGGGCUAUGUACCUGGCGCUAGUAUUAUCAGUAAUUUGGGAAGUGGGAGGAGUAUACCAUGAAAAAUCCAUGGAAACUUUCAGUCCACCCUCCAAGUCAUCGGGAUCUUUGUUCGGCUACAGCAUCGCUUAUCAACCAGAAAGCAAAAAGUUGAUGACAAGUGCACCAAAACAUGCAACGGACAAUAUCUACGAAUGUGAAAUUGGGACCAAGAAAUGUGACCAAAUCAAAAUAAACGAUACAGACGGCUACAAGUAUGAUUACAUGUGGCUCGGUGCUACAGUUGCGACGGGUCACAAUUUCACAGUGGCGUGUGCUCCUAGAUUCACCGUAAUCAGUGGAAAAAUAGGUACUCGUACCUAUUCAGGAACUUACAGUAGGUGUUACCUACUGUCUGGACACGAUGUGACGGAAAUGCAACAGCUUGAAUACGAACGCCUCACACCUGCGGAAAGAAAUAUGAAAUCGUUUGGCUGGAGCGCUAACGUUGACAUUCAUGAUGCCGUCGUCAUUGGAGGGCCGGCUAUGCACACAGGCCGAGCCAUCUUGUACGAAAACGUCGAUGCCUCUCCGAGAAGUUUGAACUAUGCAAUGAUCGCCAAAAGCAGGGGAAAAAUGGAAGCCAACUUUAAUUUUGGGUACAGUGUAACUUCUGGUUACUUCCGGAAUGUGACUCAAAUCAUGUAUGCAAUAAGUUCCACUUAUGGAGUUCAUGGAGUUGGCAAGGUGGUGGUGACGGAUCUGAAAAAUAGCUGGGUUUUACCACAGCCUUACUCGGGAAACCGGGAAGUAGGAUCUCUGUACGGGGCAGCUAUGGCUUCCGCGAGCCUCCUCGGGCCAGGCCGGCGGCAAGCUUUGCUGGUCGGAGCGCCCCGUUACGCCGAAAAAGGACGCAUCGAUGCAGGCUUGGUGUAUAUUUAUCAGUAUCAUUUUGGUGCAAAGGCGAUCACUCCCCAAAAAAAGAUUUUCGGUACAAAGGACAAUGGUCAAUUCGGUAGCGCAAUCAUAAGCCUCGGCGACUUGAAUGGUGAUAAAAGAGAUGAAGUUGCCAUAGCAGCACCAUACGAGGACGGCGGAGGCGCCGUGUACAUCUACUCCGGCGAGCGUAUCCUCAGUGAGAAGGCGGAGCAGUCGCGCCGGUGGCUGCAGCGCCUGCAGCCGGGGUCCCGCGCCUUCGGUCUCAGUCUCACUGCGCUCCGGGAUUACGAUGACAACGGGUGCAAUGAACUUGCAAUCGGCGCCCCGUACAGCGACAAAGUAUUUCUUUUGAGGUGUAUGUCAAAAAUUAUAGUUAACGUCAAAUAUCUGGAGCAAUACAAGCAGCCUCCAUUCUCUAGUGCGCGCCGCAACGAUACAUAUUUCGUCUUCGAGUCGUGUCUGGACAUAGAGUUUCCAGAGAAACCUAAAACUGUAGAAGCAGAUAUUCUAUUAAAAGUCAGCAUCACUCACAAAGACGCGAAACUGGAAAAUGCUACAGGGAAUGCUAAAUCCGUCGACUAUCCUUUAAAAAUUCAAGACAGAAGUAAGACCAGUGAAUGUGUGCGAGUGGGCUUCAUUAUACCAAAGGUUACCGGCUACGACCCAUCUAUCCAGUACCAAAUAACGGCUACUCAAACCAACAGUCCUACGGCUGACGCGACGUUCAGUCCAUCGCGCGCGGUGCUCAGUGAUCUCAGCCGACUCAGUGCGUCCGACAAGGUGUGGGUGGCGGACUGCGCUGGCGCAGGCGGCGAGUGCAGGCCCGUGUUUGUCGAUGCGAUUAUGAGCUCCAGCCUUAAGGACGAUUACGUCAUCGGUUCAUCAGACACAGAAACCGUGAGUUUCCACGUGUCCAACACCGGCGACGUGGCUUACAGCGCCUGCGCGAAGGUAGCCACGACUGGCGUGCGCGUGGGCACGUGGCCGCUCACAUGCAAGCUCGGCAAGAAGGAGCUCUCUUGCGAACCUCAGGCACCAGUCGAGAAGAACACUACUUGGUUAACUGAAGAAAUAAAACUUGAUAUGACAACUCUGAAGAGCAACGAUAAGGAGAUAAAAAUUACCAUUUUAUUUCUGCCAAAUUGCCAAACGACUAAGGGAGUGUUAAAAUUAAAUUUUACUCGUAAAUUGCUUCCUGAUUAUAAAGGAAUCGCUUUAAAAAAGCCUACGGAGGAUAUUAUCGAACUAACAAAGGAGGAGCUGAUUGAAGAUGGAAAACAUACAUCACAUGUAUACACAGUGGCCAAUACUGGGCUUACAACAUGGGUCAAUCUGCGAUGUGAAAUAGUAAUAGAACCAAAAUUUUUUUACAAUGAUACGACGGUUACAGUAGACACCCAAGGAGGGUCCUGCGAACCGCUUCUGAAGAAUAAAGACGGGCAGUAUACAACGACGUGUACCAUCGUGGAGCUUCGGAAAGACCACAAGUUUGACGUCAUCAUCCCCAUUUACAUAGAGCCGGGUUUGAUUGACCCUGCUGCUCUCCGCGGUGAAAAAAGCAAAGUAACAAUUUCAUCCCGCAUGAAGCUGGUAUACGAGAACCAAUCACAAGAGAUAAGCAUUGUCAGCAAGUUGAAGUUGAAUGAGGCUGUGGUGCCACUUUGGGUCAUCAUCAUUGCAGCUCUGGUGGGCCUGCUCAUCAUAAUCAUCAUCGUAGUCGCCCUGUAUGAGUUGGGCUUCCUGAGACGAAAAAAGAGAAAUGAUUUGAAGAGAUUAAGAAAUAGUGUCCGUCGUCAAACUAUUCGUCGCUCAAUGCGCGUCGAAAGUAUGCGUGCAUCAGCCGGAGCAGAUCGCCCUGUUGACGAGGAGAAACUUAUCCAAGAAAAUGGGACAAAUGACGAACAUAAAGGCACAGAUCCGCCUGUCCAGAGCACAGACCCGCCCAAAAAGAGCACAGAUCGCACAUACCUGCCUGAAAAGAGCACAGAUUUGCCAGAAACGAGCACAGAUUCGCCAAAGAACUCGGAACCUAACAAUGACACAGUUAAGUACACUAAGGCCAACGAUGACCCGGAUAUUGACAAUGACAAAUGUAAAAUCAUAAAAAACCACCAAAUCAUUCGCGGGUUGCAGAAAAAUUUAACACAAAACCGUUCCUUGACUCACCUGGCAGUGACUCCGAAGGAACCCAAUGACAACGCUCUGAACACUCAUAUGUAAUUUAUAAUAAUUAAUUUAAAUCAAAUAAAAUGAUUGUAAUGAGUUUUUAAUAAAAUUUUGUUUAUGUACUCGUAUUUAUGUGCCAAUAGCAACUAGAAUUUUUAGUUUAUUAAAAAUCGACUCUCUUC